AGAUGAACCAGAAUUGGAGACUUCUGUCUCGAGGAAUCACGGCUGAACAUUUUUCUUGGAUUGCAGAUGUAAAUAAUGGCGUUUGAGCUCGAGGAUCUCCUAAAGGAGGAUAAGAAGGACGCAAAUUUAUUGCCUGACCUAAGUAAAGCAACCUGUCAGUCUCCAGAGGAGUUCCGGCGACUGCUCGAGAACUGUCCCGAGUUCAAAAUCAAGCCGGAAAAGGUGAAGAAAGACGACGCGAAGGUGCGCGACAAGGAUUUUUCCUGGAGACCGACUAAGAAAGAGAUAAAAGCAUUCGGAAAAGAGUGGAACUAUGGAAAUCCAAUACCGCCGGAUAUGAGAGGUUUGAAUCUUGGAGAAUUACAGCAGGUUGCCAUUGACUGGAGGAUGUUGACGCCCCUCAGGCCGAAGCAACGUCAGGACGAAGAGAUGUUUUCAAGAUUGGUGGAAAUGGGUAAACUGGAAGCAAAGACGAUCGCCAGAGAGCGGCGAUCGACGACGAGUCCCAUUAGGCGAAGCAAGAAUCGCGCUGGCAUAAUAGAGAGCAGCGUAAAAAUUUGCACGGAAUGCGGAGAGGAAUUUUGCUUCGGCGAGUUCUGCGGAGAUGUCCUUUACGACUCGUUCAUAAGAGUCACCGUCACGAUCCAGCAGCCGAAAGUGAAAGUGUCCGCCGACACCGAGGCGAUAAUAGCUAACAUGGAUCGCAAGAAGCGCAAGAAGAAGAAACGAGCCAAGAGCAAAGGCAGAACGUCUAGGAAGACCGCCAGGCUGCUGGUUCGGAGCAAAGGAAAGAAAUCUUUAAGUAACGAAUUAGAUAGGAGAAGCAGCACCGAUCAACUAGACAGAAACGCGCGCGAAUCGAAGACGAUUAAACCGUUUAAAAGAAAGUGUAGCAAGUAUACUAAAAAAGGACUACGGAAGUAAUGGUAGCAUACCGUUGGAUAAUGUAUAAUAUUUAUCGUAGAAACGAAUGCGAUAUUUAUCACAGAAUGCGAACGGUUAGAUUACAUUUUUUGUAACAUCAACACGAAUUUAUGGAACCUGGUAACGAAUACUUAAGUAGUCAGAUCGAUAGAAUUCUACGAAUAAAUUAUGGUAAUCGCAUGUAUGUAUGUGUAAAAUAAAUAUGUACGGAACACGUCAAGUAAUGUUACGCGUCGCUAAGACUUUCCGAAGUAAAUGUUGAAGUUCACAAAUCGUUUCUACAUACAUUGAAUUCUUUCGAGGAAGAUCUUGAAAUGUUUAUCCAACGUGUCUGAGAAUUACAUUUGAAUUCCUGUAUGUUCGAUUCAUGAACAAAAAUAUAUACAAGAUUAAACGUUGAUUUCAAUAAAAAUGCGUACUAUGAAUUUUGCCGCAGUUCCUGUAGCGAAUAACGAACGGUAUUCGAAAGGAUUCUUAUUAAUACCUGUUGAGAUUCGUAGCGAAAUCAAAAUUGCAUAUAAUUGAUUCCUCUGGCGUGAGACAAAAACAAACAAAAAAACGAUGAAGGAGCAAUAUAUCGAUGAUAAAGUAAAAUGAAGAAACCGGAGUUGUGAAUGUUUUAUUUGUCUAUAUUCAUGGUCCCUUGAAACAACAUAUUCUACUUUGAAAAUCGUUAGCACGGAGAAUGUAAGCCAUAGCUCUCUUUGUACAAUAGUUCGAGAAUCAGCAGUGACAAUUCAGUGUGUACAAAAACAAUGUAACGACAAUAAUGGGCGGGCACAUUGAAUGGUUUUUGCAACUGAAUGCUGGAAAAAUAUAAUUUUUAUUCAUUUA